AAACGCAGUGCUGCACAUCGUAAGCAGAUUGCACGUGUGCCUUUAAAUUUGUUUUCAUUUUCAUAUAAAUUUAAUCAUGACUGCCGUUGAGCCCGGAACGAAAAAGAAGCGCAUUUCCAAGAAAAACAAAUCCGCCUGGCGCAAGACAGACAUACAAGAUGUAGAGCAAUUCCUCGAGGAUCAGCGCCAGGAGGAGCGCGUUGGCACGUUCACAGAAAAGCAGGAUGAGGAUCUCUUCGUGGUGGACUCCUCGCCACUGAAGGCAAAGCCCAGCACUGUGCUGAGCAUCAAGCAGAAGAGAAAACUGAAUGCCAAGAAGCCGAUGCGCACAUUCCAGCCCAUGGAGAACACAUCCAAAGUGCAGGAUCCCAUUGUCAAGCGCAAUCAUGUGAAGCAAAAGAAGAAUGGACGCAAUAUCGAGUUGGAGGUGUGCAAUCCCACCAAGCCACGCCAUCGACAGGCCAACAGCGAUCGGGGCCAGUAUUAUGUGAAGAUGGAGCAGCGCCUGGCCGACAAGAAGAACAAGAAGACCAACUUUGACACUGACAUUUGGCAGGACGUAGACUUCCGUGACAAGAUACCCGGCCUGAAGGACGAAAAGGGGUGGAUCAGUCGCGAUCUAGCCCUCCACAUAGCCGGCAAUGUGGGCAAAAAGCUGGUCAAGACACACGCCAGCAUGCACCACAAGACGAUCAAGGGCAAGAAGUUUGUCGCUCCACAUCCGGGCAUGAGCUACAAUCCAACGCUGAAUGCGCACAAGGAGCUGCUGUCGCAGGUCGUGGAGCGCGAGGAGGGCAUCAUCCAGAAGGAGAAGCAUCUGAAGCGCGUCACCACCAGCAUGUUUAGCAAGGUCACACCCGAGCAGCGCGACGAGCGUCUCCUGAUGGAGAUGAGCGCAGGCAUGGACGAAGAUGAGAAGGAGAAAGGGGAAUCCGAGCAGGAGGAGGAACCCCAAGAGGGGGAUUCCUCGGAUAAGGCGUAUCGCACCAUCAAUGCCGCCGUGGAGAGAGACGCCAAGAAGAGCAAACAGGCGCGCCGCAAGGAGCUCAAGCAGAAGGAGCUGCAGCGCAAAACGGAGCUCAAAAAGAAGCUCAAGCAACAGACGGCCGAUUUGAUCCGCAUCAAAUCGAUUCGCCAUGAACUGGAUGACGAGGCCGAGGACCUAAACGACCUGAAGAAGCGUCGCAAGCAGCGGGCGGAGAAAAAGAAAUUCGAGCCGAAGCGCCUGGGGCGGCACAAGUUCGAGGAGCCCGAUUUGGAUGUGAAUAUGCCCGAGGAUCUGGCCGGUAAUUUGCGCAACGUGAAACCUGAGAGCAAUCUGCUGAAGGAUCGCUUCCAUCUGCUGCAGAAGAACAACAUGCUGCCCACAACGGUGGCCGUCACCCGCAAGAAGGCCAAGGUGAAGCGCUUCGAGCGCAACUCGCACAAGGAUGUGGGCACCAGCUACCAGGAUCUGGCCGAUCGUCGCCGCGCAGCCGCCAAGGCGGCCAAACAAAACAAGGAUACCAUUAAAAUUUAAGGCCUUCCAACUUUGAUUAGAUAUAUUCGGUUGUUUUUUUUUUAACAAA